UCUGGAGCAGGAGGAUGAUGAUGGUGCUUCACCAAGCCCUGAAAGUGACCGGCAGGAGCGCGCUCCCGCUGCUCAGGUGUGCCGAGCGCUGGGCUGACGUCAUUCGCGCGCCCCCGACGCCGCAGGUGAAGACACUCGAGCAGAUGCCUGGUCCCUCGCCCGCGCGCUUCAUACGGGACCUGUUUAUGAGACGCGGGUUCUCGCGCCUCCACCAGCUGCAGCUGGAGGGCCGGCAGAAAUACGGCCCCAUGUGGAAGGCCAGUUUCGGGCCCAUCCUGACGGUGCAUGUGGCGGAGCCGGAGCUGAUCCAGCAGGUGCUGCGGCAGGAGGGGCAGCACCCCAUGCGCUCGGAGCUCUCGUCCUGGAAGGAUUACCGGGCGCUGCGGGGGGAAGGAUACGGGCUGCUGACCGCUGAGGGAGAGGAGUGGCAGUGUGUGCGCAGUCUGCUGUCGAAGCACAUGUUGCGUCCUCAAGCGGUGGAGGCGUAUGACGGCGCUCUAAACGCAGUGGUCAGCGAUCUGCUGCAGAAACUGAAGCUGCGAUCGCAGGACAACUCCAGCCGCAUCGUCUCCGACAUCUCGGCAGAGUUCUACCGCUUCGGCCUGGAAGGCAUCUCCUCAGUGCUGUUCGAGUCCCGCAUCGGCUGUCUGGAUGCUGUGGUUCCAGUGGAGACGGAGCGCUUCAUCCAGUCCAUCAACACCAUGUUCGUGAUGACUCUGCUGACCAUGGCCAUGCCUCAGUGGCUGCACCGCCUGCUGCCCAAACCCUGGGACACCUUCUGCCGCUGCUGGGACGUCAUGUUCCAGUUCGCUAAAGGACACAUUGACCAGCGUCUGCAGGAGGAGAAGCAGAAGCUGGAGUGCGGGGAGCAGCUGGAGGGACGGUACCUCACGUACUUUCUGUCUCAGGCCGGACUGCCGCUCACAUCUGUGUACAGUAACGUGACGGAGCUGCUGCUUGCCGGUGUUGAUACGAUAUUCACACGCUUGUCCUGGUCUCUGUAUGAACUCUCCCUCCCGCCAUCCUGACGUGCAGACGGCACUGCGGACGAGGUGUUGAACGUCAUGCAGGACCGAUCCAUCCAACAGGCCAGUGAUGUGGCCGCCAUGCCCCUCAUGAAGGCCGUUGUCAAGGAAAUCCUCAGGCUCUAUCCUGUAAUUCCCAGCAAUGCUAGAGUCAUCAACAAAGAUAUUGAAGUCGGAGGAUACAUCAUUCCUAAAAAGACUCUGAUCACGCUCUGUCAUUACGCCACGUCUCGAGACCCUCAGCAAUUCAGAGAUCCGGACUCCUUCAGGCCGCAGCGCUGGGGGGACCGCUCUGACCGCAGUCACCCGUACGCCACCGUGCCCUUCGGUGUGGGCAAACGCAGCUGCAUCGGCCGCCGCAUCGCCGAGCUGGAGGUUUACCUGGCGCUGUCUAGGAUCCUAAUGCACUUUACUGUGGAGCCUGCCAGAGGAGGACGUACAGUCCAUCCCAUGACCAGAACUCUGCUGGUACCAGAGCGGCAGAUUGACCUCCGCUUCACUAUGCGCUGAUCUGGGGUCAGAGGUUAA